AUGGAAGCCGAGCCAGACAAAAUCUCCAUCACAAUUUGCGGCGAUGGCGGAUGCGAAGAUUCUUAUUCGGUAACACGCGUGAUUGAUGGCAUUCCAUAUUUCUUAUCCAUCACCGAUACUGCCGGCCAGGAGGAAUAUAGAGGGCUGUUUGCGCUCUCCAACCUGAGGUCGGACGCGUUUCUGCUCGUCUACGACAUCACCAAUGCAUCGAGCCUGAGCGCAUUGGAUUACUUCAUGGAUCUGAUUGAUAUCGAGGCAGAGCAACGCGCGGAAGACAAUGCUCGCUUAUUGAAGGAACUGGGGGACAGCGCACGCGGCGUGGAAGUCGGCAUGCCUCCUCCGGUCAAGAUCAUCGCUGGCAACAAGUGCGACCUCAAAGAAAAUCGCGUCAUCCCUGCUAGGGAGGGACUCGAAUAUGCCCGCAAGCAUGGUUGUGGGUUCAUGGAGACAAGCGCGAGAGAUAUGGUGAACAUUGAAGAGACAUUUGCCCUCAUCGUCCGUCGUGUUAUCGAAGCUCGUCGACUACAUUACCAGCAGAACCAGGCGACAGCGAAUCCUGGUCAGGCCACAGCGUCUGCAACUACGCAACAACCUGCCGAGCAGACGGCCGAUGAGACCAUCGCCGCUAAGCCAUCCAAAGAUGCGAGGUCCCCGUUCAGCCGGCUUUCAAUCUUCGGAAACAAGAGCAGUAAGCGUGCUGCACCCAAGCCAGAAGAUCAGACCGGCGAGUCCAAAGGCGAAGCGGUGGUAUCGAAAGGGGAACCCGACAAACCAAGUAUAUGGAGACGCCUGCUUUGCUGCUGA